UUGUACUCUGACUCGCCCUGCUUCUUCUUCUAAUACAACUUUUCUUUUUCUUUUCUCAGCCUUUUCUCUUUGUUUUCCUUUCUUGUCUGGGUUGUCUGUUUGGAUAGUGAGAGAAUUUUUGACUACAGAAGAAGCAGAGAAAGUUGCAAUGGCGGUUACAAACAAGUGGGCUUUCGCCUCUUUAGCUCUUCUAUUUUUGCUUCUUGUCGGAGCAAUGGCCACUGCACGGACCGGCAACGCUUCCAGCAAUGUGGAAACGGAGAAGGAGCAGAGCUCAAAGAACUCAACAACUGCAGCAGCUAGGUCCGAAGAGGUUGAGCCAUUGAACGAGCAUGCUGUUCCUGACCCAGAGGCAGUAGCAGCCGAGGUCGAAUCUAUCAUUGCCAUGAAUAUCCGCAAUGUGACUGAAAGGAGGAAUUUGGGGUUCUUCACGUGUGGAACCGGCAACCCCGUUGAUGAUUGCUGGCGUUGUGAUGCAGAUUGGCAGAAGAACCGGAAGAGACUUGCUGAUUGUGGCAUUGGUUUCGGAAGGAAUGCUAUCGGUGGGCGUGAUGGGCGUUUCUACGUUGUCACUGACCCUAACGACGAUGACCCUGUUAACCCGAAACCUGGAACCUUGCGUCAUGCCGUGAUCCAGGACGAGCCUCUUUGGAUUGUGUUCAAGAGGGACAUGGUGAUUCAACUGAGGCAGGAGCUGAUUAUGAACAGUUUUAAGACCAUUGAUGGUCGUGGGGCCAAUGUCCACAUUGCCAAUGGGGCGUGUAUCACGAUCCAGUUUGUUACCAAUGUGAUUAUCCAUGGUCUUCACAUCCAUGACUGUAAGCCUACUGGCAACGCCAUGGUGAGAAGCUCACCGUCUCACUUUGGGUGGAGGACGAUGGCUGACGGUGAUGCGAUCUCCAUUUUCGGUUCAAGCCACAUUUGGGUUGAUCAUAACUCCCUCUCUAAUUGUGCUGAUGGUCUUGUUGAUGCUGUCAUGGGCUCAACUGCCAUUACCGUCUCCAACAACCACAUGACCCACCACAAUGAGGUGAUGUUGCUAGGUCACAGUGACUCGUACACAAGGGACAAACAGAUGCAAGUGACCAUCGCUUACAACCAUUUCGGAGAGGGACUGAUCCAGAGAAUGCCAAGGUGUAGGCAUGGGUAUUUCCAUGUGGUGAACAAUGACUAUACACACUGGGAAAUGUAUGCCAUUGGGGGAAGUGCAAACCCCACCAUCAACAGCCAGGGUAACAGAUAUGCAGCUCCAACAAAUCCAUUUGCAAAGGAGGUUACUAAGAGAGUGGAGACACCUGCAAAUCAGUGGAACAACUGGAAUUGGAGAUCAGAAGGAGACUUGUUGCUGAAUGGUGCUUACUUCACUCCAUCUGGAGCUGGAGCCUCAGCCAGCUACGCCAGAGCCUCAAGCUUGGGAGCCAAGUCCUCCGCCAUGGUUGGGGCCAUGACUUCCAAUGCCGGCGCUCUUCCUUGCCGCCGAGCCAGACAAUGCUAGUAUCAUCUCAAUUAAAUCGGCUGAAAAUCAGCCAUUUCCCAUUAUUCUU